AUGGACCCUUUCUCUUACCCUCUCCCAAUAUUUGAUGUUGAUUCUACCUCCACCUAUUCUGGCUACUACCCUAGCACUGACUACUGGAACUGGGUCAACUACUACUAUCAAAAUGGAUUCACUUAUGAUCAGUCGACGUCUUCUGGAUAUUCAUUCAUGACUUCACAGUCAACUUCUACAAUGUCAACGCCAAGCACCUCCUCCGGAUUUGACUCAACUGCUACUCCUUCCCCAAUGUUCUCAAUGAUGCCUCCAUUCUAUCCGAUGUCAACUGCAACAUCAGUCAUUACAUCUGAUUCCCAUGCUGCUCCAUUGCUCUCAAUGACGCCACCAACCACCACCACUCCCCAUCGUCCCCAGGAUGCUCCCAAACAAUGCUCCAACUGCUUUGCUACGGAAACAUGUCAAUAG